AUGUAUUUCAGAAAAGAGAGAGUGAAACUUCACGGCAAAACCAACUUUGAAUAUAGAUCUCUCGGUAGGAAAAGACCUGAGGAGGUGCCGAGAUUAGAGUUUCUGUCAUCAGCAAGGGAAUAAAAAUUCGAUGAAGUAAUCGCCAAGAGAUUAGCAGCUACAAUCUAAAACCCACUCUCUCAAUCUCAGGAAUUCUAUAAGAGUGCUCAUAAAACCAUGAAACAACAUCCACAAAUAAGUAGGCCCAGGUACAUUUUUAUAACAAAGCAAGAUUUGCACAUCUUGAAGAGAAACCAAGACGAAAACCAGUUUGGGUUGGUGACUCGUAUUUAGUCUACACAGAUGUCGAAGGGAGAGAAGAUCAAAGAGCUCAUCAGGAUCGAUCAUAAUCAAGUACAAGUAUGUUGUUAUUGCAGCUACGCUCAAGGCUGAUCUUGCUUAAGCCAAAAGAGAUGAGCAUGGUUAGGCAAUACAGGAAACCUAAUUGGUGGGAAUGGAAGAAUAUGCUAAGAAUACAUUGGAGGGAAAAGUCGACUUAACUAAAGUAAAGGAAAUUAGAAGGGCCAUUAGAAGGAGAUAUGCAAAUCGUAAGAAUUUUUAGAAGAUAUUUACACUUUGGGAUGAAGAAGGGAAAGGCAAGGUUACAGUUAAGAACAUUUAUCAUAUGAUUAAAAAAUUAGGCUUAAAUAUGAAUUUAGAUGAGGUUCGUGUGUUGGUAGCUAGUGCUGAUGAGGAUUACAGUGGAGAUUUGAAUCUGGAUGAAUUCAUGAAUUUGAUAUUUAAUGACAAUGAGGCCUUGAAUGUUGAUUUGGGAAAGCUGAAGACUCUGAAUGGAGAGUAGGAGUAAUUGCUAUUAGAAGGUGAAGAUGAUUAAAUACAGGAUGUAUUGAGGGAGAAAAUGCAAGAGCAGGUUGAAAAUAGAUAAUUCAAUUAAUUGAAUUUGAUAUUGAAGAAUAAGUUAUCUCAAUUGAACAAUGCCUUUUAGGAGUUGGAUCCCUCCAAAUAGGGACAUGUCAAUUUCGAGAGGUUUAGUGAAGCUAUUUAGAAGUAAUUCAUUAUAUUGAGAGUAGAUUACAAAUAUCUGAAAAGAUUGUUAAUGAUGAUAUAAUCAAGAAGUUUUAUGAUAAAUUUAAGAAGGAUGAAUAUUAAAUAGAUUAUAGGAACUUCCUAAAACAUUUGAAAGAAUUUGAAUUACAAAGUCAAUAUGUGUAGAAGGAAGAAAAGAAACAGAAACCAGUUAUGACAAUCUCGUUGAAUCCCUUGUAAGAGGAAGAGAAGGUGCACAUUUUUGAUUGCACUAAAAUCAAUUCUCAUCACUUAAAUAAUCUAAGAUAAAGAGCAACAAGAAUGAUUAAGGUAUUGCAAAGAUAUCUGCCUGAAAAAACAUAAUUUGUAGAAUAGAUACUGAAUCCCCUCAAGGAGUAAUACGUAAAUGCACCAGAUCUCACUAAUCAAUUAUAAUCUUAUCUAUCCAAUUGUGGAGAGAAGAUUGACACUAAAGAUCUGGGAGCAUUGCUCUCCAUAAUUCAAUACAAUAAUUUAUAAGUACCAAAAGAUAUGGUGGGCUUUUAUGUUUAUGAGGAAGGAGACGAUGACUUUUAUGAGAGAUGCUCUUAAAAGCGAAAAGGUCCUGCACCAUUAAACAAGGCUGUAGAGGUAUCUCUGCCAGCUCAAGACACUCAAAAAUCUUCCUUCUAUGAUCCAGGAUUCGGAUUAUCAUCUUUAUCUAACAAAUUUUCUCCUGAAAUGGGUCAAAUGUUAUCAAAAGUGGAGUAAUGUAUCUUUAAGGCCAGUGCUCGACAAUAUGAUAUCUAUAAUUCUUUCGAUAAAGACAAGGAUGGUAAAUCUUAAUUCAAUAAUAGGUUUUAUAUCUCAUGAGGACUUGAAAAAGAAACUCUAAGAAUUGCAUAUUUUGUCAAAUGAUGAAGAAUAAUUACUCAUUCAUUAUUUGGAUCCGGAGAAGAAGGGUUCAGUCAACUUUCAAGAGUUUUCAUCCAAGUUGUACCCUGGAAUGACAUUAUACGAUAGCAAGGGAUGUGUUGGAGUAGUGCCUUCUCUUUAUCCUGCCAAAGAAAGAAAUGAAAAUAUGAAGACUAAAUUACCAUAAAUAACCAGAUCAUUCGAGGAAACUUCAUAAAGCAUGUAAUUAUUAAAAGGGGCUACUCGUUUUGGAGCAACUCCACAGCAUAAAAACACUUUUUUAAAUGUUUAAAGACCUCCGUAGGAUUCUGCUCUAUUUUUGAAUGAGGAUGGAAGAUUUGAGAAGAAUGCUCGUUUGCGAUAUUUGAGGGAAGACCAGGAGAAAGAGAAGAACAUUUAUGAGAAUAAGCUAAAUCGAAUUCGAAAGCACCAGAAUGAAAUAUAGGAGCGAAUCGAGUAGAACUAUUAAAUGACAUUAUAGAAAGAUAAUGAAAAGUGUAAGGCAAAAGGUUUAGCAGCAUGGAGCUAUGAAUAGAGAGCUCAUAUGCAAAAUGAAUGGAAAUGA